UGUCUAACGCAACAAGAAGAAUCCUGCUACUAUAAAAAAGCAGUUAGGGUUUCAAAAUCCCCGCCAUUUUUAUUUUACUUCACUUGUUGACUCAGUCUACACCACUCUCAUCAAUGGCUACUAAUGAAAUUGAAAAACCGGAUACCUCAAUUUCUUCAAAGCACAGUCAAAGCCCCCAAGACAAUGUGCCUCAAUCGGCGCCGGCACCGGCUAAGCAAGUCGACACCUCUCCGUCUUCGAAGCUUGUGGAUGUCAAGCAAUUCAUGCUCUCCGUCGCCGCCAAUAUCUCCUCUCAGCCUCUCCCUACUUACGAUCCCAACGUUUGGGGCGUCCUCACCGCUAUCUCUAACAAUGCCCGUAAACGCCCUCAGGGUAUGAAUAUGAUUUUGAGUGCAGAUGAGCACUGGAUUGGCAGAUUAGUGGAGGAUAUGAGUUUUCGAAUUGAAUCACGCUGGGUUAGUACGAAACAUUGCAGAAUAUAUAGGAAGAGAGUGAGCAAUGAAGGCGCGGAGCAGUCGUUGAACUGUGAUGUAUCUGUUUACUUAAAGGAUAUGAGUGUGAAUGGGACGUUUUUUAAUUGGGAGAGGUUGAGGAAGAAUAGUCCUGAGAUGAAAGUUCAACAUGGUGACAUCAUUUCAUUUAAUGCUCCUCCACAUCAUGAACUUGCUUUUGCCUUCGUAUAUAGAGAUGCUCUUAAGUCGGCUCACUCAGUGGAAGGUGCAUGUGCAAAACGAAAAGCAGAUGAACUUAAUUGUGAAAACAAGAGACAAAAAGGUCUUGGCAUUGGUGCUCCUGAGGGUCCUAUAUCUCUUGACGAUUUUCGGAGUCUUCAGCGGUCAAACAAGGAAUUGAGGAAGCAAUUAGAAGAUCAAGUGCUUGCAAUAGAUAAAUUGCAUAAUGAGAAUCGUGCAACCGUUGAGUGUCAUGAGAAUGAAAUCAAAGAGAUAAAAGAAUCAGUUGCAAAUUCAUACCUUGAUCAAAUCAAAGAAAUGAAAAUUUUGCUAGAUGUUAAACAGAAGGAGCUUAUAGAGGUCAAUAGGGUAUCAGCUGAACAAAAGCAUGCUAUUGAAGACCUUAAUGAAAGAUUUAGUGCUUCCAUGCAGUCGUGUACUGAAGCAAAUGAAAGAAUAAUGAAUCAGAAGGCAUCUAUAGCUGAACUCAAGGUUCAGUUAGAGGAAGAGCGAGAUCAGAGACGAGAAGAACGAGAAAAGGCCGUUGUUGAUUUAAAAGCAGCAGUGCAAAGAGCGCAGUCAGAAGCUCAAGAGGAACUGCAAAGACUGUCAGAUAUUGCUUUAAAACGAGAAAAGGAGCUAGAAGAAGCAAUUAAUAAGCUUGAGGAAUCGCUGGGAAAGAGCUCGACACAAGUGGAAGAUCUGGUGUCCAAACUGGAAGACACUAGGCAGAAAUUGGUCAAUUCUGAUAAUAAGGUCCGCCAACUAGAAGCUCAGGUUUCUGAAGCAAAACAGGCCUCAGCAAAUGCAAGAAAACAAGUGGAAGAACUUGAACAUGAAAUUAAAGGAUUGAGGAAACAUCUUGAGACUGAGAAGCAGGCAGCCCGAGAAGAAGCAUGGAGUAAAGUUUCUGUUCUUGAGCUUGAAAUAAAUGCUGCAAUGCGGGAUCUUGAUUAUGAAAAGAGGAGGCUGAAAGGUGCCAGGGAAAGAAUUAUGCUUCGAGAAACUCAGCUACGAGCAUUCUAUUCCACAACCGAGGAAAUCUCCAUACUGUUUGCGAAGCAGCAGGAACAACUGAAGGCAAUGCAGAGAACUCUGGAAGAUGAGGAAAAUUAUGAGAAUACUUCUGUUGAUAUUGACCUAAAUGCUCCUGACAUGAACACCUAUAGAACCAUAGGCAGAGAAAAGACUGCUACCGGCUACAAUGGGAACGGUGCCACAAAGGCAGGCUCCAGUACUUCAGCUCAGAGGGUUAAUAGUUCUAGUGAUGAAGUCAGUGCUACUGAGAAGAAUGACUGUGGCAUAAGAAGUCAAGAAGUUGGUGAAAACACUCAGGAGGCAGAAUUUACAAGUGCCGAUCCUUUUGUUAAAGGUGGCUUUGGUUCUGACAUAGAUGGUGUUGGUACAGCUCCUGUUCAUGAAGGAGAUACCAUUGGAACUGAGCGUGUUCAUGAAACUGAAAGCUUGGGAAUCGAGGUUGAACGAAAUGUUGAUUUAAACAGGUGUGGAACUUUAGGCAGAGAUACAAUGGAGUUUGAUUGUGAAACUGAUGCACAUGAAAGCAACAAUCAAAUUCAAACAACUCACCCAGAUGCUUCCAUACAUUCUCAGUCAAAUAAACCAUACGAGACUCAAAAUUCGGUGGCAGACACACAACCUGGAGGCACAAUUAGAACAGCUGAGCUUUUAGCUUCUGAAGUUUUGGGGAGUUGGGCUUAUAGCACUAAUCCCUCUGUCCACGGAGAAAAUGAAUCCCCUAAAAUUGGGGACAACAAUGAUGAUUGUGUCAUGGCUCUCUUAGCUCUCCAUGAUUCUAGUGGUGUGGUAGCUGAGAGCCAAAGUACACCGUCUUCCAAGGCUGCUCCUUCCAGACGCAUUGUCAAACAUCAAGCAUUAAGUGAGAUGAUUGGGAUUGUGGCUCCUGAUUUAAAGGAGCAAUUUCUGGGUGCUACUGCUGAUGAUCUUGAUCGACAGAGGACUAAACAGAGUUUUAUUUCUGACUCAGACACUGAGGAUUGUACCGACAGCAACGAUGAAAAUAACAACGAAGUAGCUGCUAAGAGUGGUUCAAUAUCAGAUGCAGAGACAGAGGGGAGUAGUGAGCAGGCUAAUGAGGAUCGAAACCAUAAUGAUGUAAUGGAGGAGGAUGAAACUGACAGUGAAUAUCCUCAUAUCAAAUCUUCAUCUUGAACGUUCGUCAUUCAUUAUUUACUCGGUGAGGAACUUAGCUGUCUAUAUGGUAUAUUAUCUUUAAUCCUUUAUCUCUCUUAAUUUCUUCA